AUGGAAGAGAUCAAGAAGAUGGCAGCCAACGAGUUCUGCUGCAGCUCCACCGCUCACCAGGUCCGGGAUUUCUAUCUCAAUGUUCAGGAGGUGGCCGAGCAAGCUCGGGAAUUUUAUGCCCACGACGUCGGCAUGAACGACAACGACUUCACGGCGAUGCUCUUCUUCGACGGCUGCUUCCUCCUGCAGUUCAUGACCAUGGUGGCGCUCGACCGUGGCCCGCAGAAACUCUGGAAGAUGCCGCAGCUGAGCGAGAACUGGAUGCAGCGCAUCUCGCGCGACAUCCUCCUGGUGGAGAACCAGAUCCCCUGGGUGGUGCUGGAGGCCCUGAUGCGCCUCAAGCACGUCCUCGUCGACCGCUACAUCGCCGACACCAUCAGCAACUUCGACGUGAAGGGAGCGAAGCCGCAGGUGGACUGCGAGGGAGCCGACAAGUACCAGCCGUUCCACCUCCUCGACCUUGUUCGGCACCGCCAGAUCGGCCCCUUCCGGAGCCGAAUGGUGGCCGUCGCCCACGAGGCCGAGGCCCCGCGGCCGAUCCUCAACAUCUCCUCGGCCCUGGAGCUCGCCGAGGUCGGCGUCCACAUCACCGCGGGGAAGACGGCCCGCCUCUCCGACAUGGCCGUGGGGAAGAAGAACCCCCUCUUCGGCAACCUCUGGCUCCCGCCCGUGUACCUCAGCGAGCUGACCAUGUCGCUGCUGAUCAACAUGGCGGCGUUCGAGAUGCUGCAGGGGGGCACGUCGGACGCGGACUACGGCGCGAGCUCGUACAUGCAGAUCAUGGCGGUGCUGAUGAACCGCGAGGACGACGUCCGGGAGCUGCGCGCCAAGCACAUACUGUACCCGGUGUUCAGUGAUCAGGAGACGCUCGGCUUCUUCAAGUCCGUCUGCCCGUACCUACGGAAGGGAGGACAGUAUGAUCGCGUCCUGCAGCGGCUCAGCAAUUACCAGCAGGACCGCAUGGUGAGGAUCACCCUGCACAAGUUCGUUUACAACAACCUCAAGUACCUCCUCACUUCUGGGUCGGCCUUUGGCUUGCUCAUACCCAUCCUCAGGGCCGUCCUCUCCCUCAAGGACGCCAACCGGAGCGCUCCGGGUGCUCCACCGCGCGCACUCUGA